GCUGGAGUCAAUGCGCAUGCGCCGCGUUCCCGCGCCCGCGCCUGCCUCCGGCCCGGUGCGAUGUGUGAGCUAUAACUGGACACGCGGGUGGUCUCUCUUCCCGGCUGGCGACCCGUAGCAUGUGGCCCUUUGACCCGCCGAGGCGGGGUGAGAGGUCGGGUGGCCAUCUUGUGGCAGCGGUGGCGGUUUGUUGUUGGUGAGGCCCCGCCGCGCCCCCUCCCCCGGGCUGAGCAGGCCCCGGGGCCGGGCCGGGCCGGGCGGCGCCAUGUCCUCCUUCUCGGAGUCGGCCCUGGAGAAGAAGCUCUCGGAGCUGAGCAACUCCCAGCAGAGCGUCCAGACCCUGUCGCUGUGGCUCAUCCACCACCGCAAGCACGCAGGGCCCAUCGUCUCCGUGUGGCACCGGGAGCUGCGCAAAGCAAAAUCAAGUAGGAAGCUUACAUUUCUAUAUUUGGCGAAUGAUGUCAUCCAGAACAGUAAAAGGAAGGGUCCUGAAUUCACAAGGGAGUUUGAAUCUGUUCUUGUGGAUGCUUUUUCAUUCAUCAGUGGAGAGGCAGAUGAAGGCUGCAAAAAGCCCUUGGAGCGAUUGCUUAAUAUCUGGCAAGAAAGGAGCGUGUAUGGCAGCGAGUUUAUACAACAGCUGAAACUUUCUAUGGAGGACACCAGUAGCCCUCCACCAAAAGUUACAGAGGAGAAAAAGUCCUUGAAGCGGACGUUUCAGCAGAUACAAGAGGAAGAAGAUGAGGAUUACCCUGGGAGCUACUCGCCCCAGGACCCCAGCACUGGGCCAUUACUGACUGAGGACUUGAUCAAAGCCCUGCAGGACCUGGAAAAUGCAGCAUCAGGAGAUGCCACAGUGCGGCAGAAAAUUGCCUCGCUGCCACAGGAAGUUCAAGAUGUGUCACUGCUGGAGAAAAUUACAGACAAAGAGGCAGCAGAACGUCUUUCGAAAACGGUGGAUGAAGCAUGUUUGUUACUAGCAGAGUAUAAUGGGCGGCUGGCAGCAGAGUUGGAAGACCGACGCCAGCUGGCACGCAUGCUGAUUGAGUAUACCCAGAACCAGAAGGAUGUAUUGACAGAGAAAGAGAAAAAGUUAGACGAGUAUAAACAGAAGCUUGCUCGGGUAACCCAGGUCCGCAAGGAGUUGAAAUCUCACAUCCAGAGCCUUCCAGAUCUGUCGCUGCUGCCCAAUGUAACAGGAGGCCUGGCACCUUUACCAUCUGCUGGUGAUCUGUUUUCAACUGACUAGAACUAAUGGUGCCCGCAUUUACUACUUCCCCUUGGUACCAGCAGAAGUAAGAAAACUCUCGUAUUGACUGGAAAUCCAGUCUUCCAAUGAUCUACCAUAGGAACGAACAUACAGACCCUACUUUCAACCUACCAGCUGCACAUGUGUGCUCUCUGUGUACAGUGGCUCACGUUGAGGGGAAGAUGGAGAGUAUGUAUGUCCAUGUUCUGAAGGGAGUGGGUAUAGAGUCCAUAUAUAUUUUGAAAAGAAACUUUUUUCCUCACCUUUUCUCUACUCAGAUUAGUUUCUGUUUGCUCUUAGCACUUGUUACUCCCACAGAAGUCAUAAGAAUCAUGUACAUAUACCUUGAAAGUUUUUUUUCAAAGAAAUGUUGUUUUUUCUCUCUGAAAGUGUCUGAUUAUUUCUGAAUCUGUUUUGUCUGUGUUAGUUCAAAUCUAUAAGCAGUAGAGUGGCUGGCAUUCUUUAUGGGGGUGUAUGCAUGUGUGUACUGUACCAUACUGGGAUCAGGGUUACAUGUCCACAGAGCAACAGUACAGUUAACCUUUUGUUAAAUCUAUAGUUGCUGUUACUGUUGUAGGUAUGACCUCAAGGUGGUUCCUAUCUGGUAUGGUGCAUAUGUAUAUACCUUGAAACUCGCGCUAUGGGCAAUAGAAAUGAACAGCUUGUUGUUGUGAAUUAGGGUUAACUUCAUAACUUAAGCUCUGCUGAGCAAUGCAGAACUGGUUACUAGACAUGAGUAGAAGUGAAUUUUAUUCCAACUUCCUUGUAUUAUAUUUAUACCACAUUUUCCCUCAGUAUUAUAUAAAUGUAAAUGCUACAGGCAUUUAACUAGCCAAGAGGUUGGAGUGGUGGAAUAAAGCUAGUGAUAUCUCAGAUAGGUACUGUAACUUGCUUUGUGACCUUGAGAAUGGCUAUAUUAAAAAUUUUGUUCUAUGAAUUUUGUCUCCUUAGGUUAAAUAAGUGAAUUUUAUUUGAUGGACUGAAGUUAAAUGUGGUAUAAAUAUUUUAUUUAUACAAUGUAUCAACAUAUACAGACCUGUAUGUAUAUGUAUGCCAUACAUCAAUAUACAUGUGCAUGUAUAUAUUGGGAGGAUGUAUGUAAUUUCGUAUCACACAUUGAGUUGAUUUUUCCCAGUAAAAAUCGAAAAACAAAUUUAAAUACUAAUUCUAGUUCUAUGAUCGUGCUAGCUAAUGGUAUAACUACCAUGGAUGUAGUUAGGUUUAAAUUUUUGUGUGUUAGUUUUAGCAAGCAGGCCUGCCUGCUCAUUGCAAACCAUUCCAAUCUGGCAAUUUUUGUUUUAAUGUAAACACUUCUUGCUAAGGGCCCGUCUUCACUAGCAGUGCAGCAAUGCUUUAAGCUGGCUGUGUAGUCGUGGCACCAGUGCUGGUGCACUGUCUGUCCAAGCGCUAUAAAAACCCCACUCCACAAGUGGAGUAACUCCCAGCACUGGGGCACUGUCUACACUUCAACUUUAAAGCACUGAAACUUGCAGUGCUUGGGAUUGUUUUUUCACACCCCUGAGUGAGAGCGUUGCAGUGCUGUAAAGUGCCCAUGUAGACCAGGCCUAAGACUUCACAAGCUGCUGGAAACACUUGAUUGGAUAAUAUAGGUUUUGUAUUACAGAGGCUGAAACCAGGAAGGCAGAGGGAUGUGCUUUGUUCGUGCCUCAUUGUGGUGUUAAGCUGGGCUUUUCAAAGACGUGAGAGGAAACCUGUAGAAAUAUGAAGCUUGUUCUGUGUGCUCAUUAACUUAUUUUACAGGGAAUAUAAUGGCUAAUUCAGCAUUCAGUGAAACCCAAUAAACUAGCAUUUCUGGUCAUUUAGUUUGUGAAAAGUUCCUGCACUUCAUUUUGGCCCUUUUAUUCUUGCCUCCUUACUGCCCAUCUGUGGAAUCUGUUUUUCCUCUUGUUGUAGAGGAGAAUUCCUGGGGGCAGAACUACAUUCUUCCAUGAAUUGAUGUGAUUGGAGAGCCCUAUAGCUAAAUGUUUGAACCAUAAAGUGUUCUACCCUCUCUGCUUUUGCCAAAAAAAACAAAAGAAAAUCCCAAACUCUUAAACACAAACCAAAAGAUGCAUUUCUAUUGUGCCCCAGCUCAGUUUAGUUAACCCCAGGCUGUAUUUUAUUUAAACAGUAACUAUUCUUGACCUGUAAUUUGACUGCAUAACCAUUACAGGAUAAAAAUGAAGCAAAACUGUCAUAGAAAUUAUGUAGACAAAUGAGUGUUGGCAUCUCAAACUGCUAUUUUGGGCGGAUUUUCUGUGAGAAAGUUGUAUGUUUGUUUUUUAAAUUGAAAUGCUUUGAUUUUUCCAAAAAAAUGUGUGUGUUUUACUUUAUUUUGCUUAAUUUAAAUGGUCUUGUGGUUUUUAUCGACGGGGAGGGGGAAGGGCAAAGGAUGCCUGGUGAACUGGGUGCAACUUCAUCAAAUAGUUUCCCCAAAGUGUCUCUUUUAAAAAAAAAAAAAAAAAAAGCUUAAAUCUGUAUAUGAAUUGAUCUAGGAAUUCAUUUAGAAGUAUAGGCUGCCAUUCUGGCAGCAGUAUAUUCUGAAAUGUCUCAGAUAUCUAUUUUUGAAUAAAGAGGGUGUUCUUGAA